UUCUUCUACUUCUCUUAUCUCCUCACUUCACUUCGCCUGUCUCUCUCUUCGCUCUUCUCCUUCUCCCAAUCCGCAGCGGAAGGAUUAGGGUUUCUGUACACACAGUAAAAAACCCUAAUUUGGCCUGAAAGCUCCCAGAAAUGGCUUCCGCGCAAAUCAAUGUCCUCAGCACAGCGCCCAAUUUCACAACCCCGAGGACGGCGUUUUUUGGCCAGGGACUGGGCAGGACGACGCCGUUGAAGGCGUUUGUGAGCCUUAGACCCAACGGCGUCAGAAGGGUCGGACCGCUCCGGAUAGUCAAUGAGAAAGUCGUGGGAAUCGAUUUGGGGACGACGAACUCGGCCGUUGGGGCUAUGGAGGGCGGAAAGCCCACCAUAGUCACCAACGCUGAGGGUCAGAGAACGACGCCAUCCGUGGUGGCGUAUACGAAGAACGGGGACCGGCUUGUGGGUCAGAUUGCCAAACGACAGGCCGUCGUGAAUCCGGAGAACACCUUUUUCUCGGUGAAGAGGUUCAUUGGAAGGACUAUGUCUGAGGUGGAUGAGGAGUCGAAGCAGGUGUCGUACAAGGUUGUAAGGGAUGCGAAUGGGAAUGUCAAGAUUGACUGCCCUGCUAUCGGGAAGCAGUUCGCUGCCGAAGAAAUUUCAGCUCAGGUGUUGAGGAAGCUUGUGGACGAUGCUUCAAAGUUUUUGAAUGAUAAAGUUACUAAAGCGGUGGUCACUGUGCCUGCUUACUUCAAUGAUUCUCAAAGAACUGCUACAAAAGAUGCUGGCCGCAUUGCCGGGUUGGAAGUUCUUAGGAUUAUAAAUGAACCUACUGCUGCUUCUUUAGCAUACGGUUUUGACAGGAAGAACAGUGAAACUAUCUUGGUAUUUGACCUUGGAGGUGGUACUUUUGAUGUCUCAGUACUUGAGGUUGGUGAUGGUGUGUUUGAAGUGCUAUCUACAUCAGGAGAUACGCAUUUGGGCGGUGAUGAUUUCGAUAAGAGGAUUGUUGACUGGCUUGCUGCAGACUUCAAAAGUAAUGAAGGAAUAGACCUGUUGAAGGAUAAACAGGCUCUUCAGCGGCUGACAGAGACAGCCGAGAAAGCCAAGAUGGAGUUGUCAUCUUUGACUCAGGCUAACAUUAGUCUGCCUUUCAUUACUGCGACUGCUGAUGGGCCGAAGCACAUUGAGACAACCCUUACAAGGGCAAAGUUUGAGGAGUUGUGCUCAGAUCUGCUUGACAGGCUUAGAACACCGGUCGAAAACUCCUUGAGGGAUGCAAAGCUUGCCUGGAAAGAUAUAGACGAGGUGAUACUUGUUGGUGGUUCAACACGUAUACCAGCUGUACAGGAGCUUGUAAGGAAGGUGACAGGGAAGGAACCAAAUGUUACAGUUAAUCCUGAUGAAGUUGUUGCCCUAGGAGCUGCAGUUCAGGCUGGUGUAUUAGCUGGAGAUGUCAGUGACAUUGUGCUUUUGGAUGUGACACCACUGUCAUUGGGUUUGGAGACCCUUGGUGGUGUCAUGACUAAGAUCAUCCCAAGAAACACUACUCUACCUACCUCCAAGUCGGAGGUGUUUUCAACAGCUGCAGAUGGGCAGACAAGUGUCGAGAUUAAUGUCCUUCAAGGGGAAAGAGAAUUUGUUAGAGAUAACAAGUCUCUUGGGAGCUUCCGGUUGGAUGGUAUACCUCCUGCUCCACGAGGGGUUCCUCAAAUUGAAGUCAAGUUCGACAUUGAUGCCAGUGGUAUUCUAUCUGUCGCUGCUGUGGACAAGGGCACAGGAAAGAAGCAAGACAUCACCAUUACUGGUGCCAGUACCUUACCUAGUGAUGAGGUGGAAAGGAUGGUUAGUGAAGCCGAGAGGUUUGCACAGGAGGACAAGGAGAAGAGAGACGCCAUUGACACAAAGAACCAGGCUGAUUCUGUUGUCUACCAGACAGAGAAGCAACUGAAAGAGCUGGGAGACAAGGUUCCAGCUGAAGUUAAAGCAAAGGUCGAGGCAAAACUUGGAGAGCUCAAGGAGACAGUCUCAGGGGGUUCAACUCAAGCCAUAAAAGAUGCCAUCGCUGCCCUUAACCAGGAAGUGAUGCAGCUUGGCCAGUCACUUUACAACCAGCCUGGCACUCCUGGCGCUGGUGCAGGGCCAACUCCACCCGGUGCUGAAGCUGGUGGGCCUUCAGAAUCAUCAUCCAGCAAGGGACCUGACGGAGAUGUUAUUGAUGCAGAUUUCACUGACAGCAAGUGAGGAGGACCGUUGGACAGAAGUUAAGUGCCAUUCUUGCUUAUUUUGUUCAGAUUGAAUGUGUAUGUAAGAAUGAUUUUACUGGGAUGGGAUCGUGGUGUCGGGGGUUAAGGUGUCAUUUUUGUUUUAUGGAGAAUGAGAAACAAUGUCCUUUGGAUGGCAAAGGACUAGUUAGUUGAAAUUAAUUAGGGGACUCGAGAAGAACGAUAACAAAACAAUAGGGCGAUUAGAUCCCUCGCAAAUUGUUUAAGCAUCGAUUGAAUUAAAUGCAGAUGAGCAGCAAACUUGACUGAA